AAGAUUCCUACUCACGCUCGGGGCACAUAAGUAAGGUAAGGAACUGCGGACUGAGAAGAACAUCGAUCAGCUUCCCCAAGUUCUCAUCAACAAGAUCAGCAUCCCAAGAGUAGAUACCUGCAAGAAGUCUGUCCACUGAAUCUGUGAAUUUAUACCUGAGACUUUGAUCUGUUUUCACAGUGUCACUUUUGGGUCACGGAAGGAUGCCGGCUGUGGUCCGUGCACUCACAGAAACUAUAAACCAUCUUUGAGGAAGGACUCAGUCUACCUGAAGAGUGUGUUGAAAGGAAAAGUAAAACAAAGUCGUAGAACUGCAAGAAGAGGAUGAAAUGGAUGAAGAAAAAGAGAAGAAAACCAUGUCUCAGCCUCAAAGCAAAAUGAAGGACCGGCUGGCCGAACUUCUGGAGGUAACCAAGAACUAUGACCAGCAGUUCCCAGACGGGGACGACGAAUUUGACCCGCCCCAUGAGGACAUCGUGUUCGAGACGGACCACAUCCUGCAGUCCUUGUACGGAAACAUCCAGGACCUUCAGGAUGAAAACCAGCAGCUGAUGAACGACGUGAAGCGGCUGGGGAAGCAGAACGCCCGCUUCCUCACGUCCAUGCGGCGCCUCAGCAGCAUCAAGCGGGACACCAACACGAUCGCCAAGGACAUCAAGGCGCGGGGCGAGAACAUCCACCGCAAGCUGUGCGCGAUGAAGGCACUGAGCGAGGAGGCCGAGGCCCAGCACGGCGCGCACUCGGCGGUGGCGCGCAUCGCGCGCGCGCAGUACAGCGCCCUCAUGCGCACCUUCCAGCGCGCCAUGUACGAGUACAACCAGGCCGAGAUGAAGCAGCGCGACAACUGCAAGAUCCGCAUCCAGCGCCAGCUGGAGAUCAUGGGCAAGGACGUCUCCGGCGACCAGAUCGAGGACAUGUUCGAGCAGGGCAAGUGGGAUGUCUUCUCCGAGAACCUGCUGGCCGACGUGAAGGGCGCGCGGGCGGCCCUCAACGAGAUCGAGAGCCGCCACCGCGAGCUGCUGCGGCUGGAGAGCCGCAUCCGCGACGUGCAUGAGCUCUUCUUGCAGAUGGCCGUGCUGGUGGAAGAGCAGGCCGACACGGUGAACGUCAUCGAGCUCAACGUGCAGAAGACCGUCGACUACACCGGCCAGGCCAAGGUGCAGGUGCGCAAGGCCGUGCAGCACACGAAGAAAAAGCCCUGCCGGACCGUCUGCUGCUUCUGCUGCCCCUGCCUCAACUAGCAGGUCGGCCCCGGCCACCACACCACACCGCCGACCGAAAUGGCUGGGAAGCACACUGGGGGAGAUUUGGGGGCCCUCUGCACCGGAGUGAGUUGCCCCAAUCCUUCUGGACCUCUGUCCUCAGAGGAAGAAAAAAUCUUGAGGUGCGAGAAUUCCAGCCCAGCUUGUGUUUGGGAGGAUGGCUGAUGCCAUCCAGUGUUUCUUCAGUAAAGCAGAUCCCUACUGAAGUUGGGUGAGGUCAUUAUAUGGCACAUGGCACGCUUUUCCUCUUAACGGAAGGAAAUAAGGAACUGACGUUGCAGCUUACCGUGUAGGCUAAAUGUCCAAGGCACGAACGCUUCCUAAUGAAACUCUAGGAGGAAGUCGGUUCUGCAUCCGCUGGUGAUGCGGCUGGUGAUGGCAUGAACUCAUUGUCGAAACUUAAAAUUCAUUUACCUUAUCCUGAAAGUCCCUUGGUUCUGUCCAGUUUCACAGGACAUCGAUCUUGGGGAAAACCGUACAUCUUUCAUUUCUGAUUCUUCAUCUGGUUUAUCCUGUGUGGUUCCUGCCUAGAUGUAUAUCUUCUUUCUGUCCACCUUCCCUACUUAUUAAAAUCAUAUUUAACACUCAUUAUUUCCUUAUGUUUUUCACUUUUAAUAUCUCUUGUCAGGAUAUAUUUUGGAUAUUUUUAAGCACUGAGUUUUGAACAGGCACUCAAAUGGAAGUAUGUAUCACUCACAUUUUAUAUAUUUUUCAUAAAUAAUUGAAAACGUAUCUUUUUACUUGAUAAUACAAAUACACAUAAAUAUAUAAAUGUAAAGGACUAAUAUUAAUGCAUAUACACAAUGACCAAUUAGUUUAACUUGACUUUUGUAAAUAUGGUCUAUAAAUAUCCAGAGCAGCACUUUUACUAGUCGUUGGUAUUGGUUUGCUUGCUUGAGUUUACCUGACUCCCAUCUCGGUGGUCUAGUUUGUGUCACAGUUUUCUUUUGAACCCCUCUGCGUUGGUUAUGGUGGUAGAGACAGGCAUCAAAGGCUAAAAUGCAUAUAGAACUACAGGUAAUAAAACAACAUUCUUGAAACUAUUACUUUUGUUUUACUGUGGACCAUUUCUUUUGUGUACUGAAAUGGAGUAACUUAAAAUAAAAUAAUCUUUUUUUCAAUUUAGUUUAAUAAACAUUACAUUAUAAUAA